AUGGCCAACUUUAACAUAACCAUACUAUCGAUUAGUGUAUUAUCUUUUGUGACUGGUUUAUACGCCAGCAAUUUUUUCAGAAAUGCUACUUCUCGAAGGGCUCAUCAGAGGCAAAGAUAUAAAUCCAAUCUAAAGAGACGAGAUGACGUUGAAGAAGAGACCGAUGAGUACGAAACUGACGAAGAGACGGAGGAGGAAGACCUAGAUAUCAACUCCUUGGCAUUGAAUGACAUCCCUGGAGAAGUUAGGAUGACCCUUGUUGUGAGACAAGAUUUGAAAAUGGGCAAAGGUAAAGCUGCCGCUCAAUGUUCCCACGCUACAUUAUCAUUGUACAAGAAAAUAACUAAUCCUAAUUCCGAGGCAUACAAUCCAGAAAUGGUAAAGAGAUGGGAGUGCGGCAAUGGUCAAGCAAAAAUAACCCUUCAAGUGCCAAAUCAGGAGGAAAUGGAUAUCCUAUACGCGCAAGCAAUAAGUUUGGGCGUCAACGCAUGUAUAAUACAUGACGCUGGAAGAACGCAAAUAGCCGCGGGGAGUGCAACUGUUUUGGGUCUAGGCCCAGCACCUAAAAAGGCACUUGAUCAAAUCACAGGAGAAUUGAAGUUAUAUUAG